AUGGCUUCGCUCUUGCGACAGAUUGUCGCGGGGCCACGCGCUCGACAUCCCGAAGCCGGCCUGGAUCUUUGCUACGUUACGGAUCGCAUCAUUGCCACGUCCGGCCCCUCGCAAACGUACCCGCAGCUCGCCUACCGAAACCCCCUCGACCAGCUCGUCAAGUUCCUGGACUCCAAGCAUGGUGAAGACUGGGCGAUAUGGGAGUUCCGCGCCGAAGGAACCGGAUAUCCAGACGAAUCCGUAUACGGUCGCGUGAGGCAUUACCCAUGGCCAGAUCACCAUCCCCCACCCUUUCGCCUCAUGCCCAUGAUCAUGGCCAGUAUGCGAAACUGGUUGCACGGCGGUGAUCUAGAGGGCGGACGGGUUACAGAAGAUGGGAGACCUGUGUCUUCAGGGAAAGGGACGAACGAUGCGGCGCUAAGGGAGGAGAAGCGCAAGUCGAGGGUUGUGGUUGUGCAUUGCAAGGCUGGCAAGGGACGUAGUGGGACUGUGAGUUGCAGUUACCUCAUUGCUGAGGAGGGCUGGAAGCCUGAAGAUGCACUUGCGCGGUUCACUGAGCGGAGGAUGCGGCCUCGGUUCGGAGCUGGUGUUUCUAUACCCUCGCAGCUACGUUGGAUCAGCUACGUCGACCGAUGGACGAAAGGCGGCAAGAAAUACAUCGACCGGCCGAUUGAGAUUGUCGAGAUCCAUGUCUGGGGUCUACGGAAUGGUGUCAGAGUUGAUGUGGAAGGUUUUGCCGAUGAAGGCAAGAAGAUCGACAUCUUUCACACCUUCAAGAAGGAAGAACGUGUGCUUGUCGAUCCUGAAGCGCCAGAGGAGAGCGGUAUCAGCGAUAUGAUAUGGGAGAUGGCCGGAUACUCGGCCACCAAGCAAAAGGAAAAGGCUCCAGAUGAAGCACACUUUUCGGAUGCGACGAACCCUGGAAACGGCGAGGCUUCGACGGAUGAAAAGGACGCCAAGGGUAAGAAGGAGGCCAUCAAGCGCAAGGGGACGGAGCUUCUUCACAAGGUGUCGCCGGCGAGUUCACGCAAGUCGGUCGCUUCCAAGAGCGCAUCUGCUCCUCCAAGCGCUACCUCUUCCAAAACAGAACUUACAGAUACAUCCUCGGAACAAGAACCCGGGGGCAUGGCCGUUAUUCUAAGACCCAAAGAGCCGAUUCGUAUCCCCAAUAGCGAUGUCAGCAUCUCGGUGGAGCGUCGUAACAAGACGACCAAGAGUAUGGGUCUCACCAUGGUAACGGCCGUCGCACAUGUAUGGUUCAACGCCUUUUUCGAAGGUCAAGGCCCUGAAAACGACGGCAAGCCCGCCGAGAGUGGUGUCUUCAACAUUGAAUGGGACGCCAUGGACGGGAUCAAGGGCUCCAGCCGCAAAGGCUCCCGGGCCAUGGACCGCAUCGCCGUGGUGUGGCGCGUCGCCGGCACCGACGCCACGCCCGAGGAGGUGCUGGAGCCUGACGAGGGACAGCCAGUGCCGCAGGCGAGGGCGGCGGACUGGAAGGGUGCCAAUAAGGAAGAUCCAGAUGCUGAGAAGGAUUUGGGGUUGAGGGUGCAGAGUCCGGUGAGUGCGGAUGUAAGCAAGGCGAGUAGUAUCAAGAGUGCAGAGGGCACUGUUGAGGAGAAGAAGAAUGAGGAUGGGGAGGAUAUAGAGGGUGUCAAGUCGACUGGACCUUCAGGGGAGGAUCUGACGAUUGGGGAGCAUGGGGAGGAUAAGACGAAGGAGACAAGACAGUGA